GUCCAGCCCAAAGAUAAGCCCCUGAACUACCAGUGGCCACACACAGAUUCCUUCGAUUCCCGCUGACAGCGAAGCUGAGGAGAAUCCCAAGAAACAGAGCUGGUGAAAUUGCAUUGUCGCAACAGGCAAGAGAAGAGGAGAAGAAAGAAAUGGCUGCAAUACCUGCAGCGAUCCCGGGCUGCUGCUCUUCGUCUCGCCUGCCUCAGCUUGCUGGCCUCCCUGCCUCCACAAGCAGAAGGCGCUUCAAGGUCACGGCCAUGGCGCCCAAAAAGAAGGUGAACCGCUACGACGAGAGCUGGUCGAAGCAGUGGUUCGGCGCGGGCAUCUUCGCGGAGGGCAGCGAGGAGGUGUCCGUGGACGUGUUCAAGAAGCUGGAGCGGCGCAAGGUGCUGAGCACCGUGGAGAAGGCCGGCCUGCUGUCCAAGGCCGAGGAGCUGGGCCUGACGCUCUCCUCGCUGGAGAAGCUGGGCCUGCUCUCCAAGGCCGAGGACCUGGGCCUGCUCAGCCUCGUCGAGACCGCGGCGGGGACGUCCCCGUCCGUCCUCGCCUCCAUCUCGCUGCCGCUCCUCGUGGCCGCCGUCGCCGCGGUGGUCGUCGUGCCCGACGACUCCGUCGCGCUCGUCGCCCUACAGGCCGUCGUCGCGGCGGUGCUCGCGGCGGGAGCCGCCGGGCUGUUCGUGGGCUCUGUCGUGCUCGCUGGCCUGCAGGAGUCGGAUUGAUGCAUUGAUCUGCAGCUGCGCAAGGUAGAACCAAGCUGUGUACGUACGUCGACAGUACCGCCUUGUGUAGUAGGAUCGAUCUUGUUAGCAGAGCAGAACUCGUUACUAAAAAAAUCUAUAGUGUCUGUAAUAUAAUAUAAUACUUUAGCUUUUUGAUAACUUGCCGUGCAAAUGUGGUAACAUAUUAUGAAGAAAAUUGCGAUCAAAUGGACGGUUAACUCGGAUUCAACC